ACUACAACGACGACUACAACACGCCAACCAUGUACAACAACAAGGCCACCCUGUACUUCAACAAGGCCCCCAUGUACCACAACAAGGCCACCCUGUACUACAACAAGACCCCCUUGUACAACAACAAGGCCACCAUGUACAACAACACCGACUCCAUGUACGGAACCAACCACCACUCCGUGCCCCACACCAGCCCCAACGAAGGACCCUGCCUCACACGAUAAAGGCAACACCGGCAACAACGCACAUACCAAUACUGUCAACAACGCAAAUACCAACACUGGCAACAAAGCAAAUACCAACACCGACAACAACCAAAAUACCGGGAACGUGGCUCUUGUUCAGAUUCUGAUCUCCCGGCGUGACUGUCGCGGCAAGGACGAAGGUACCUAUCUGGCCGACAGACGCCAUUGUCGCCACUACUACGUGUGCGAAGGGCAGAGAUCAAGGCGCCAGAACUGUCCUCAAGGACAGUGGUUCGAUCGUGCGCUGAAAACUUGUCGUCAAAGCAGCGAGGUUACCAAUUGCCUGGCUAUGCGCAAUUAGGAAUUCAGAUAUUCCAGAUUGAAUUGAAAUGGAAAUGAAAAUUAAAAUGAUCCGCAAUCAACCCUUCUAUCGCGCGUAAGCUAUCUACAUAUGUGUAUUCCAAAUUUGUACAAGUCCAACCAUAAUAUUUCAAUAGACCUGCAAUGUAUUCGAUUAAGUAUCAAUGAAACUAAAGCAAUACGUAUGUUCAUAUAUUUUGAAA